UUCUGUCCCAUCUCCUCCUCUCCCUUCUUCUAAUGGCCCUCACCUCCUUCCUCUCCUCCGCCGACGCCGGCGGCCAAGACCACCACCACCACCGCAAACCAAAAAAGAAACACCCGCCGCCGCCCUCACCCCUCACCCUCUCAUGGGACCACCUCAGAACACUUCUCAACUGCAAGACCAACACCGGUUCCACCCAAGUCCACGACCCAGCUUCCUCCUCCGCCGCCGCCGCUCCGCCCUCCUUCUCCACCGGAAAACACCUGAAGCUCCGAUUGCCGUUCGUUCCGUCGAUCUGUGCGCUGGGUGAUGUGGUCCACGGGAGCAUCCGCGUGGUCCACCGGUCCGAUAUCGAUCAGUCAAACUCUUCCGGCGGGGAAAGUGGGCCCCUCUCCCGGUCCUCCGCCGCAGGCGAGUUAGACUCGCCCGGGGGCCCCCGCCGGCAGCCGCCCGCGGCGUCGGCGGCUGCGAAGGGUGGGUCUCAAUUAAUGCGGCUCUCCGGAUGCUACGAGUGCCGUGCCGUUGACGCAGAGCCGGUUUCCAGGAGGUAUCCGAGGCCGAGGACAUUAUGCGCGUGCCCGCAGUGCGGGGAGGUCUUCAACAAGACCGAUAGCUUGGAGCUCCAUCAAGCCAUUCGUCAUGCCGUAUCCGAGCUAGGUCCGGAGGACUCCGGCCGCCACAUAGUAGAAAUAAUCUUCAAGUCCAGCUGGCAAAAGAACCACCGUACGAUCUGCAAGAUUGACCGUAUACUCAAAGUCCACAAUACCCCUCGCACCAUCUCCCGCUUCGAAGAUUACCGCGCCGCGCACUCCCCCCCCCUCCCCGCCGCAGCCAGCCGCCGGAAUCCCCGUUGCGCCGCCGACGGCAACGAGCUUCUCCGAUUCUACUCCGUCUCCAUCUCCUGCCACCUCGGAGCCGCCGGCUCCACCUCACUCUGCUUCGCCGGUGGUGGCGCCGCCGUCUGCUGCGGCGUUUGCGACGUCAUUCAGCAUGGAUUCCGGCAGCCGUACCACCCAUUUGGAGUCCGAACGACGGCGAGCAGCGGCCAGGCUCAUGAGGACUUUGUCGGCGGGGGGGAAAGGGCUAUGCUUGUUUGUCGUGUUAUUGCGGGCCGUGUUUGGUACGCCGGCGAUGGUGAUGAAGUCGGCGAUCUGGACGGCUACGAUUCGGUGGCGGCGGAGGGCGCGAAUCUUGAAGAGCUGUUUGUGGCCAAUCCGAGGGCUAUCCUGCCCUGUUUCGUGGUUAUUUACAGGUUUCGUGAUUGAUGGCUUGGGAUUUUGGCUAUGGUCAUUUAUAUGAUUAGUUUUUGCAUAAUUUUAUAUAUUAAUUUUAUUUGAG